AUGUCUUGGCGCAGAAUUGACAUUGACCAAUAUGAUGAAGAUGCUUACACUGAGGACGAAAUCCUCGCCGAAUUUGAGAGUGGUCUAUCUCCAGAACAAGUGAACCAAGCAAGCCAAACACGAAGCACCGACGUUCGUAACUUGCUAUCAAAAAGCGAUUUGAAUAAUGCUCUACUUCGCGCGUUGGAAGAGCCACCCUAUGGUCGACAAUUUGAUUCUGCAAAGGCUGAAAGUACAAAAACAGUAGCAGAAGUUUUAAAUUUAUUCCGAGCAAGCGAUAUUCCCCAAUUUGUCAAAUCUCUUUCUACUGAACAACAAGACUUAACUGAGGUGGCUGGAAACGGUUGUAUUGUUCGCGUCAUGACCGAUAAACGUAGUUUAGCGUUUUAG